AUGGAUGAAAAACUUAUCGAUAGUGUGAAAAAGUUUCCGUGCAUUUGGAACACGUCUUCAGAAUUUUACAAAUGCAAUGAAACAAAAGAUGCUGCGUGGAACCAAAUAAUCAUUGAAACAAAAAUAUCGCAUGUGAAAACUGCAAAAUCGCGAUGGAAACAACUAAGAGGUAACCAUCGAGAUGCCUUAAAAAGACAAAAUGCAACACGGAGUGGACAGGCUAGAAAACAACAAAAAGAAUGGAAAUAUCAGAAAGCCAUGUCGUUUCUGUUGCCUUACAUGUGCAACAGAGACCGGUCAUCUUCAAAUCCACCAAAUACCAUUGAUGAGAGUUCACGGGAUUCAUGCAAUUUGUUGCCGUCAAAUUCAAAUAGUCUUCCUUCUGUUGGUGUUCCUAAUAAUUCAACAGCUCUUGAGCCUCUCCCGUCCACAUCCAAAAAAAGAAAGAAUGAUGAAAUUCUAGAUCUAUUGAAAAAAAAUCAAGAACGUCGUGAACUGUUAGAACGAGAACGGAUAGAACUUAAAAAUAUGAUGUCAGCCAGUAAUAAAUACGAUGAAAUAGACUAUUUUUUUUUUAAUUUGGCUGCGUCGACGAAAAAACUACCGUAUUAUUUACAACUUCAAAUUAAAAAAUCCUGCUUUAAUGCGGUAAUAUUAGCUGAAGAAAGUAAUCUUCAAAAUAAUUGGUAUUCUCCAAAUAAUUAUGGUUAUUCUACAGGAUCAACACCUACUCCCGAAAAUGUUAACACUAGUGUCGAUACUCCUACUGCUCCAAGUGAUAUCGAAACUAGUAUCGAUACUCCUACUGCUCCAAAUGAUAUCGAAACUAGUAUCGAUACUCCUAGUGCUCCAAAUAAUAUCAACACUAGUAUCGAUACUCCUAGUGCUCUAAUUAAUAUCAACACUAGUACUGAUACUCCUAGCGCUUCACAAAUUCAAACAAUCCAGGACAUAGACACAUCUGUAUUAGAGCGAACAGGAGCCAAUGAAAAUGCGAGAAUGUGA